CCACCAUCCCGUAUCUCUCCUCUCCCUUCUGACCUACCCAAGCUCCAGUCCACCGCCGCUGUGCCCUAGAACUGCCGCCGCGCCCGCCCUCUGCCCCUCACGCGCCUCGUCGCCGGCGCCCUCCCUGUCUCGUAGCGUCCCUGCUCUCUCCCCCCCACGCGCAAUCUUGGACUUCGGUUUUGAGAUCCGCCCCUGCUAUCGAUUGCAGGUUUGCAGAGGGCUCGUCGACAUGUCUUGGGCGCCAAUCGAGAAUGACCCUGGUGUUUUUACGGAGCUGCUGCAACAGUUGCAAUUGAAGGGUCUCCAAGUUGAUGAACUCUACUCACUUGAUCUUGAUGCCCUCAAUGAUCUUCAGCCAAUUUAUGGGCUUAUAGUUCUGUACAAAUGGCGACCUCCAGAAAAAGAUGAGCGCCCUGUUAUCAAGGAUGCGGUCCCAAAUCUGUUUUUUGCUAAUCAGAUAAUUAACAGUGCAUGUGCAACCCAAGCUAUUGUUUCUGUUCUGUUGAACUCUUCUGGCAUCACCCUUAGCGAGGACCUCAAAAAGCUCAAGGAAUUUGCAAAGGACAUGCCGCCAGAGCUCAAAGGAUUGGCUAUAGUGAAUUGUGAAAGCAUUCGUAUGACCAGUAACUCGUUUGCAAAGUCAGAUGACUACUCUGAGGAACAGAAAUCCAAGGAUGAUGAUGUCUACCAUUUCAUUAGCUAUGUUCCUGUUGACGGCGUCCUGUAUGAGCUUGAUGGACUAAAGGAAGGACCGAUUAGCCUGGGAAAAUGCCCAGGUGGUAUUGGGGAGAUGGGGUGGCUGAAGAUGGUACAGCCUGUCAUCCAGGAACGCGUUGAUAAGUUCGCUCAGAAUGAGAUAAGGUUCAGUGUCAUGGCUAUCACAAAGAACCGGAAGGAAAUUUUCAUCAUGGAGCUCAAGGAACUUCAGAGGAAGAGGGAGAACCUCUUAUCACAAAUGGGCGAUCCUUCUGCCAAUCGGCAAAGGCCAUCCAUUGAGCGGUCACUCGCAGAGGUUGCUGCUCAGAUUGAGGCUGUGACCGAGAAGAUCAUAAUGGAGGAAGAGAAGGCAAAGAAGUGGAAGACAGAGAACAUCAGGAGGAAGCACAACUACGUGCCUUUCUUGUUCAAUUUCCUCAAGAUCCUCGAGGAGAAGCAGCAACUGAAGCCCCUGAUAGAGAAGGCGAAACAGAAUUCUCACAGCCGUAACCCUAAGUGAAACCUGCGUUGUAAAAUUUUAUCGUCUUGGUUGUUUUGGUUUUGUGUAGAGAUGGCUGACUGGCUUUGUUUCCUAGCUGAAUGGGCCUUGUAGUUCUAGUCCUAGACAGGCCAUAUAUCCGAUAUCGUCCUGGUUUACUCAUGCAGAUCUUAAAACAUUCAUGUAGGGGGAACACCCUGACUCCUUACCAGAAUUAUAUGUGCAUCAGAGGGUUGUUUCCCUGUCUAAUUCUUCCCAAACUUUAA